AUGAUUACUCUCUUAAGUGGAAUAUUUUUGAUGGUCAUCUAAGUGAUGGCUAAAAAAUAGAAGGAUUUCUUAUUUGAUUUAAAGGAGGGUAAGUCAAUAUCAGUAGACCUCUCCACUAAAUAAGAUAAGGAUUAUUUAAUAUUAUAAUGCUCGUCCUUAAGAUGAUGAUAAGAAUAAUGAUUUAGGAGAAAUUCAAUUGAAAACUGUAGAUGACACACAUAAAAUAGAAGGCUUUUAUGAAAACGCAAUAUUUAAUUCCAAAACAAAUGAAAUCAAUUUAAAAUGUAUCACAUCUCCAUGUAAAGGAAGAAUAACAUUAGUAAAUAGUAAUGUAAUCUAAUUAUCAACUUAACUAUAAGAAUUGAGUUUGACACUAAAAUAACCAGCUUUGAUUGUAUAAAUAGAUCUUCCAAGUUAAUUUGAUAGAUUGGUGGGAGAAUUUAAAUUAUUGGAUGAUGAAUCAGACAAAAUAAAAAUAGAAGUAUUUGAUGAUAGAGCUAAAUUAUAUGGAGAUGAAGUUUAAUUAUUAGUAGCAUUAAGUAGUAAGGAUUGUGAAAAAUGCAAAGUAUUAGUUGUAUUAAGUGGAGAUUUAAAUUUAAAAUAAGAGACUAUUAUUAGUUCUUAAUUGUAUUUAUAUAGAGAAAUUCAAGAUAUUGAGAUUAAUUAGGAGAUAUAAGAUUAUCUUUUUGAGAGAAAUUAGAAUGAAUAUAGAAUUAAAUUACCAUCUUCAUAUAAUAUAAUAUAAAUUGGUAUUCUUAGUGAUUUAUUACCUCUCAUUAGAGUAACUAAUAAUCAAGAUAUUGAGAUCUUUAAUUCAUAAGUACCUAUUUAAAUUUAAUAAAAAGGAUAAACUUAUCAUAUCCAUUUAAGAAAAAACAGAAAUUAAUAAUAAUAAUGAAUUUAUUAUUAAAUUAAAUAAAGGAGGACCUUUAAAAUAUUUAUUAGUUGUUAAAAUUUUAGAUGAACCUAUUCUUUAUAAUAAUUAAAUUAUUCUUGCAACCAUUUUAGAAAAAGAAUCUCAUAUUUAUUCAUUUAAAACAAGUUAUAAUGAUUAAGAAAUUGGUGUAUUUUUAAAAUAUUUUGAAAUAGGAAUGAAUUCUUUAAAAGUAGGAGAAUGCCAUGGAAUUUGCACUACAAAUACAGAAGAUACACAUAAUCUAAGAUUUCAUUAACAUGAACAAAAUCCAAGUGUUUAUGUGACACCAGAAUGUGCUAGUAAGGAUUAAUAAGGAUUUGCAGAUUUUAAAUAUAAAUUAUUAAUGAAAUUAAAAAUACUUAUAUUUUAUCUACAGCAAGUUAAAUAAAUCAUAAUAUUAUCAAAUCAGAUAUAUCAUAUAGUAAUUAUUUAGAUAAGUAAUAAUAAGAAAAUUUAAUUAUUAAAUAUUAACAUCAAAUUGAAGAUGUGGAAUUAAUAUUUACAGUUAAUACACAUAAUAUUAUAUAUAUGAUUAGUAAAGAUAGUAGUUGUUAUCCUGUAAGAUAAGAAUGUGCCAAAUAUAUUGGUGGUUCUGAUCAUUUAGUUAUACUCAGAGGAGAUUAAUUAAAGCAUACUUAAUUUUAUGUAACUCUGACUGCAAGAGAAACUACAUUCUAUUAAUUUUAGAUUAAAGUAUAAAAAUAAUCAGAUAUAGAUCUUAAAAUAAUUAAAGAAGAUGAAACUUAUCGGGGAGUCUUAUCAUUUAUUAAUGGAUAACAAAAAAUUCAUUAUUUUAGAAUAAUUAUUUCUAAAUAGUUAGAUUAAAAUAUUGAAGUCAUCCAAGAUCAGGAUUCUUUACCAACUAUUGAAUUUGCAAUACAUUCAUCAAGAAUGUAAGUUGCACUUGUUUUAAGUAAGGGUAAUCAACUACCAUCUUUAGAAUAAUAUGAUUUGAUCACUCAAAAUAAUUAUCUAUCUAUUUCACCUUAAGACAAAUAUUAUAUAAAUUAAGGAAACUAUACUAUUGGGAUUCUCAAUUUUUAUGACACAGCAAUAGAUAAGGAAUCAUGUAUACAUUGAAUUAUUCAACAAGUAGAACAGUUAAAACUUUACAUGUUGGUUAAUAAUUUGUAGAUAUGGCAUAUGGAAGGAAGAGUAAAUACUAUAGUUUUUAUUAUAGUAAAAAUACAUCAUCAUUUAAAUUAGUUUGUAAGGUAAGGAUGCUCAAAAUUUGAUAUUGAAAGUAACUAAUGUAAAUCUCAUUAAAUUCUUAAGGACCCAUAUAUUAUAAGAAAGAACAUUCUAGUACAAUAGGAAUAUAUUUACUUUUUUUAUUAAUUUUUCUUACUUAUAACUUUAAAGUUAUAAUUAAUUUAAUAUGAUAAUUAUGAUAUGUACAUUGUUAUUGGAAUAACUUUAAUUAAAUAAAUUAUGUUUAGAUGGAUUAGGAGAAGAAUAGAAGGAAGAAGAAGAAGAAGAAGAGGAUUAAAAUGCAGUAUUGUUUUGUUAAAGUUAAGUAAUUGUUGAGAAUAAGGGAUAAGAGAAUAUUUUAUAUUAAUUGAAUAUAUGGAAUCCUGAGUCAAGGAUAGAAAUGAAGGAUGGUCAAUAAUAUUAAUUUAAUUUAGAAUACUUAUCAAAACAAACAUUUUUAUAUUAUAAAAUUAUUUCUAAUGAUACUGAAGUUUAAUUAAAUAUUAAUUCACAUUAUGGUUAUACUAGAUAUUAAAUAGAAAUUAUUGAUACUUAAAAUUAAUAAACUAUUUCUUUAUAUGCAAAAGAGGAAUACAAAACAUAACAUUCUAAAAGUAUUUAUAAGAGUGCAUUUGAAUUUUGUAAGAAGAAUUGUUUAUUAAAAAUUUCACUUGAGGCAUAGCAAUAAUAAUAUAAUAUUACUCAAAUUGGUAGAAGUUUAGAUUUUGAUGAUUUGGUAUAUGUGACAGUUACUUAAGAAUUUAUGGAUAUACAAACAGGAAUUCCAAUUUAAAUACAAGUAAAUUAAGAUUCUCCUAGAAAAUUCAUUUAUAGUUAAUUAAAUGAAAUAUCAACUGAAUCAAAAAUGAAAUUAAUUUUACAUGAAAUUUAUGGUAAAGGUACUAUUUGUUUAUCAUUCAAUGAUGAAAAUAAUUAAAAUUUAGAAAUGUGUGAAUUCUAAAUAUUAGGAAAUGUAUUAGAAUUAACAUAAUAAUAAAUUUAAUAGAAAUUAAAUGAAUUUAAACUUAAUCAAAAUCCUUAUAUAAUAAUAAAAGUAUUUUCAUUAGUAAGUACUAGUAAAUUUUAAUUAUAAUUAGAAAUAUUUAAUGAUAAAAAUAAUCAUAAAUUAGUUUUAGGAAUUCCUACAAGAAUUAAAAUGAAUAUUCAAGAGGAAUAUUUUUAUUAAUAUUUCAAUAUAUAAAGUAAUGAUGAUUUAUAUUUUAAAUUCAUAAAAAUGUAAGGUUAAACAUAUAUUGAAGUGAGUAGAUGUUUAGAUGAUAUUAAAAUAGCAUGCGAAUAAGAAAUAAUAAUAAAUGAAUAAUUAUUAGCAGGUCAAUCCUAUAGUCAACAUAUUAUACAUAAAUAAGAUACAAAAAGAUAUUGUGAAUUAUGUACAUAUAAUAUAAAGAUCAAAACUACUGAUAUCUCUUUAGAUUUAUUAGUAGUAAUUACAUCAUAAUUAAACUUUGUUCAAUUACUUUAGAAUAUAGCAUUUACUGAUUUUUUGGAUGGUCCAGAUGAUUAUAAUAUUUAUCAUUAUUCAUAUGAUACAGAUCACCAAAUAGAAAUAUAAAUCAAUUAAUAUAAUUGUGAUACCUAAAUGUGGAUUGGAUAUCAUGCAGAUUUGAAUAGUUCAAACUAUUUUUAUGGACCAUAUAAUACAAUUAAAUAAAUGAAAUUAAUGAAUAUUACAGAAUUAAUUUCUUAUUAUUAAGCCAUCAUACCUCCAAGAUAACAUUUAGAAGAGAAUAAUAAAGAUUAUAAAAUAACUUCAUAAAUUAAUGGAAAUCAAACUCUUUUAGGUCACUAUAAUGAUGAUGAUAUUUAUAUUAUUGUUAAAAGCAAUUAAUAAAGACAAACUAAUUAUUCUAUUAUUGUUACUUAAUCUACAACAGGAAAUGGUUAAUUAUUACAGGAUGGAAUAAUAACAUCAGCAUAUUUGAUUAAACUUACACCUUCAAUAACAUUUUAUCAUUAAUAAAAAAAUUAAUCAUAAUAACUAUAAUUAUUUGUCAAAGUAAAUCCAUAUGGAAAUAUAAAUAAUUUAUCAUAUGAAAAUUAUUUCAAAAUAGAAGUAUCUAAUGAAACAUAAACAAAUAAUUUUACUAUUAUUCAUGCUUUCUCAAUUCGUAAUAAUUAAUUAACUUAUAUUCUUCCAGUACUUGAAGGUAUGCUUACAAUAAAAAUACAUAGUUUAUUAGAGAUUACUACUAAUGAAUUCAAUCAUGUAGAAUAUUCUUUCAAUCCAAGAGGAGAUAUUAUACCUAUUCCUAAAUAACCAUAAUUUAGACUUUAUUAUUUUUCAAAUAAUUAUUUAAAUAGAAUAGAUUUAUAGAUAAGCAUUGUUGGUUAGGAUGUAUUUAUGAUAAAUCAGAAUUCUAAUCAAAUAGAUUAGAUAGUUGAUUACAGACCAAAAUAUAAUGAAUCAUAUAUUCAAGGAGAUGGUAAAUUAGAAAUUCAAGUUUAUAAUUGUCUUGGAGAUUUGAAUGUUUCUAUAACUUAAGAUUAUGAUUAAUUUUUAAAGAAUUCAUAUAAUGGAAUUAAGAAUACUUUGGAAUGA